ACUGGAGAGAGACCCCAUAAGUGCUUGGACUGUGGGAAAAGUUUCAUACAGAGGUCAGGACUUGUUAGACAUCAGGCAAUCCACCCCAGAGAGAGACCCCAUAAGUGCUUGGACUGUGGGAAAAAUUUCAAACGGAGGUCUGCCCUUGUUAGACAUCUGGCAAUCCACACCGGAGAGGGACCCCAUAAGUGCUUGGACUGUGGGAAAAGUUUCAGACGGAGGUCAAACCUUGUUAAUCAUCAGGCAAUCCACACAGGAGAGAGACCCCACAAGUGCUUGGACUGUGGGAAAAGUUUCAUACAGAGGUCAAACCUUGUUAAUCAUCAGGCAAUCCACACAGGAGAGAGACCCCACAAGUGCUUGGACUGUGGGAAAAGUUUCAUACAGAAGUCAGGCCUUCUAAUACAUCAGGCAGUCCACACUGGAGAGAGACCGCACAAGUGCUUAGACUGUGAGAAAAGUUUCUUAUAUAGGUCAGCCCUUGUUAAUCAUCAGAGAAUCCACACAAGAGAGAGACCCCACAAGUGCUUGGACUGUGGGAAAAGUUUCAUACAGAGGUCAGCCCUUGCUAAUCAUCAGGCAAUUCACACAGGAGAGAGACCCCAUAAGUGCUUGGACUGUGGGAAAAGUUUCAUACAGAGGUCAGCCCUUGCUAAUCAUCAGGCAAUCCACACAGGACAGCGCCUCCAUAAGUGCUUGGACUGUGGGAAAAAUUUCAUAUUGAGGUCAUCCCUUGUGAAACAUCGAACAGUCCACACCGGAGAGAGACCACACAAGUGCUUAGACUGUGGAAAAAAUUUCCUAUAUAGGUCAGCCCUUGUUAAUCAUCAGGCAAUUCACACAGGAGAGAGACCCCAUAAGUGCUUGGACUGUGGGAAAAGUUUUAUACAGAGGUCAGACCUUGUUAAACAUCAGACAAUCCAUACAGGAGAGACACCCCAUAAGUGCUUGGACUGUGGGAAAAGUUUCAGACAAAGGCCAAACCUUCUUAAUCAUCAGGCAAUCCACACAGGAGAGAACCCCCAUAAGUGCUUGGACUGUGGUAAAAGUUUCAUAUGGAAGUCAGCCCUGGUUACACAUCAGAGAAUUCACACAGGAGAGAGACCCCAUAAGUGCUUGGACUGUGGGAAAAGUUUUAUACAGAGGUCAGACCUUGUUAAACAUCAGACAAUCCAUACAGGAGAGACACCCCAUAAGUGCUUGGACUGUGGGAAAAGUUUCAGACAAAGGCCAAACCUUCUUAAUCAUCAGGCAAUCCACACAGGAGAGAACCCCCAUAAGUGCUUGGACUGUGGGAAAAGUUUCAUAUGGAGGUCAGCCCUGGUUACACAUCAGAGAAUCCACACAGGAGAGAGACCCCAUAAGUGCUUGGACUGUGGGAAAAGUUUCAUACAGCGGUCACACCUUCAUAAACAUCAGAGAAUACACACUGGAGAGAGACCCUAUAAGUGCUUAGACUGUGGAAAAAGUUUCCUACAGAGAUCACAACUUCUUAUGCAUCAGGCAAUCGACAAUGGAGAGGGACAUAAGUGCUUAGACUGUGGGAAAAUUUUUAUAUGGAAGUCAGCCCUGGUUACACAUCAGAGAAUCCACACAGGAGAGAGACCCCAUAAGUGCUUGGAUUGUGGGAAAAGUUUCAUACAGAGGUCCGAC